UGAAAGACAGAGAAGUGAGGACAGAGUCGUGGAGAGACAGAGAGAGAAGUGGAAAGAGGCACAGAGAGAGACGCGGAGAGACGCAGAGAAACGCGGAGAGAGACUGAGCAGGAGACACGCAGAGUGAGAGAGAGGACAAGCUCGGCCGGCCGUGGAGUUCCAGCCCCGCCUUCAUGCCCGGCAGGUGCCCCACCUGGCCCAUCCUCCCAGGUAAGCCUCAGCCCGUGCUGCAGGCAGUCUGAAUCACAGUCCCCAAAGUGACCCUUGAGGAGCGACCGCAGACCGGAGGAUGGCCCAGGUCCUGCAUGUGCCAGCCCCCUUCCCAGGGACCCCCGGCCCAGCCUCCCCGCCCGCCUUCCCCGCCAAGGAGCCCGACCCGCCCUACUCGGUGGAGACGCCGUACGGCUACCGCCUGGACCUGGACUUCCUCAAGUACGUGGAUGACAUCGAGAAGGGCCACACGCUGCGCCGGGUGGCCGUGCAGCGCCGGCCCCGCCUCGGCUCGCUGCCCCGCGGGCCCGGCUCCUGGUGGACGUCCACCGAGUCGCUGUGCUCCAAUGCCAGCGGGGACAGCCGCCACUCGGCCUACUCGUACUGCGGCCGCGGCUUCUACCCGCAGUACGGCGCCCUGGAGACGCGCGCCGGCUUCAACCCGCGCGUGGAGCGCACGCUGCUGGACGCGCGGCGCCGCCUCGAGGACCAGGCGGCCGCGCCCCCCGGCCUGGGCUCGCUGACGCCCAGCGCGGCCGGCUCCACGGGCUCGCUGGUGGGCGUGGGGCUGCCGCCGCCGACGCCGCGGAGCUCGGGGCUGUCCACGCCGGUGGCGCCCAGCGCCGGGCACCUGGCCCACGUGCGCGAGCAGAUGGCGGGCGCGCUGCGGAAGCUGCGGCAGCUGGAGGAGCAGGUGAAGCUGAUCCCCGUGCUCCAGGUGAAGCUGUCGGUGCUGCAGGAGGAGAAGCGGCAGCUCACCGUGCAGCUCAAGAGCCAGAAGUUCCUGGGCCACCCCGCGGGGGCGCGGGCCCGCGGCGAGCUCUGCCUGGACCUCCCCGAGGCCCCCGAGGACGCGGCGGCGCUGGGGACGCGGAGCGUGGGCACCUGGGUCCGCGAGCGGGACCUGGGCGUGCCCGACGGCGAGGCGGCGCUGGCCGCCAAGGUGGCCGUGCUGGAGACGCAGCUCAAGAAGGCGCUCCGGGAGCUGCAGGCGGCGCAGGCCCGGCCGCCGCCGGACAGCGCGGGGCGCGUGGACACCGUCCGGGUGGUGGAGGGGCCUCGCGAGGUGGAGGUGGCGGCCAGCACGGCCGCCGGGGCCCCUGCACAGCGCGCCCAGAGUCUGGAGCCCUACGGGGCGGGGCUGCGCGCCCUGGCGACGUCCGCAGGGGCCGAGAGCGCCCCCGUGUUCCGCAGCCGCGAGGUGGUGGAGACGGUGCUCCCGACGCCCGCCGCGCCCGCCGCCAACGUCCACCUGGUGAAGAAGAUCAGCAUCACCGAGCGCAGCUGCGAGGGGGCUGCAGGUGUCCCACAGCCUCCUGCAGAGUCGUCGUCCUCACCCGCGGGGUCCACGGCGGCCUCCCUGGCACAGCCCGAGGGGAAGGCAGGCCAGGGCCCCGCCAGCGCCGCCGCCGACAGGGAGCCCUCCAGGCCAGCAGCCUCGUGCGCGUCGGAGGAGGCCGAGGGCGCGGGCGGGCCCCAGGCGGGCGUGCGCUCCAUCAUGAAGCGGAAGGAGGAGCCCGCGGACCCCGCGGCCCACCAGAGGAGCCUCCAGUUCGUGGGGGUCAACGGCGGGUACGAGUCCUCGUCCGAGGACUCCAGCACUGCGGAGAACUUCUCGGACAAUGAGAGCACAGAGGGCGAGGCCCCAGAGCCGGCGGGGAGGGCGCCGAGUGUGGCCGGAGCCCCCCAGCUCAGGCCCGAGGGGACGGCGGGAGCCAAGACCGGCCCGGAGGAGCGCCAGCCGUCUCGGGAGCCUCAGCACGUGCCCGCAGCCGAUGGGGCGUCAGGGGCCAGUGCGGAGGAGGAGAUCCGGUUGGAGCUAAGCCCUGACCUCAUCUCGGCCUGCCUGGCCCUGGAGAAGUACCUGGACAACCCCAACGCACUCACGGAGCGGGAGCUGAAAGUGGCCUACACCACCGUGCUCCAGGAGUGGCUGCGCCUGGCCUGCCGGAGCGACGCCCACCCCGAGCUGGUGCGGCGCCACCUCGUCACCUUCCGGGCCAUGUCGGUGCGGCUGCUCGACUACGUGGUCAACAUCGCCGACAGCAACGGCAACACGGCGCUGCACUACUCCGUGUCGCACGCCAACUUCCCCGUGGUGCGCCAGCUGCUCGACAGCGGCGUCUGCCAGGUGGACAAGCAGAACCGGGCCGGCUACAGCCCCGUCAUGCUCACGGCCCUGGCCACCCUGAAGACCCAGGAGGACCUCGAGACCGUCUUGCAGCUCUUCAGGCUCGGGGACGUCAACGCCAAAGCCAGCCAGGCAGGGCAGACAGCCCUGAUGCUGGCGGUCAGCCACGGGCGCGUGGACGUGGUCAAGGCCCUGCUGGCCUGCGAGGCGGAUGUCAAUGUGCAAGACGACGACGGCUCCACGGCCCUCAUGUGCGCCUGCGAGCAGGGCCACAAGGAGAUCACGGGGCUGCUGCUGGCCGUGCCCAGCUGCGACAUCGCGCUCACUGACCGCGACGGGAGCACGGCUCUGAUGGUGGCCUUGGACGCGGGGCACAGUGACGUCGCGUCCAUGCUGUACUCCCGCAUGAACAUCAAGUGCUCGUUCGCCCCGAUGUCAGAUGACGAGAGUCUUGCAUCUUCCUCCGCAGAAGAGUAGCCGCGAGGGGCCAGGCGCCUCCUGCGGGCCUGCCGGCCCCAGAGCAAACCGUCCCUCCCCUGGGCCCUCGUCCUCGUCUCCUCCCCGCCAGCCCCCACCCGUACCCACCAAGGCCCCAUCUCAAGGGCAAGUGGGUUUUUCUGCUUCCCAGGGGACCCCCGCAGCGACACGACUCCAGCCUCCAGCGGGUUCUUCCCAGCACCCCGUUCAGAGCAGCCGCAGCACCAACAGACGCUGACUUCUUACAGAAAUGGGCGCCAGGGGCUGAUGCUGGGGGGUGGGUUUAUGAGGAA